AUGGCCGAGGUUGCCGGAUUAGCCGCAAGCGUCAUCACAAUCAUCGAACUGUCCGCCAAAGUCUCGGCGCUAUGCCUCGACUACUCCACUGCAGUCAGCAAUGCUAGGGCAGACAUUGCACGCCUUCGAAGCCGAGUAGACAACUUGGCCGCAACAUUCCGAGCAGUUCAGAAGCUUCUUCUCGAUGACACAGAUGGCCAAGUACUGCAGACGGCUCGAGAAUUGGUCGACCCUCUCCGAGGCUGUCGCACGGUGCUUGACCAGCUACAGAGCAGGCUGGACUCGAGUAAGACCCAACGGGUGAUGCACCGUUUCGGCCUUCGUGCUCUCAGGUGGCCAUUCAACAGCGGGGAAAUUGACGAUAUUCUCUCCAGGCUGGAACGUCACGAACAGACAAUCACUCUGGGCCUUCAAGUCGAUCAAACCACACUUCUCCUCGACAUCAGGCAGAGGCUCAAACGCAUCUCUAUCCAACCCGACGAUGAUGCAUCGACAACGCGCAAUACUUUUUUCAUGGUACCAUUCGAGCGUGACCCUGACUUCGUCAAUCGACCAGACAUCAUGAUGUGGAUGAUGGAACAGUACACGGGCCCGGCCAGUCGUAUGGCCCUCGUCGGUAUGGGCGGAUUCGGGAAAUCGCAGAUUGCCAUUCAAUUUGCCCAUUACAUCCGCGAAGCAUCGCCGCAAACUAGCAUCUUCUGGGUACACGCGAGUUCCGAGACUAGGUUCGAAGAGGCAUAUCGAUGCAUCGCAGACAGACUACAACUGCCGUGGCGAAACGACCCCAAUGUUAACGUGCUCGGACUGGUCCGUGACUGGCUGCAGAGAGAGGAAGUCGGCCCGUGGCUGAUGGUCUUGGAUAAUGCCGAUGACGUCAACCUGUUCUAUGGUACGCCUAGAGCCGGUAACGACUGUGUACUUGCCGAUGGGAACCCUACUUUGUUGAGGGGUAAAUCAUCGCUCGCAUCCUUCUUGCCGAAGCGUCGCGAUGGAACCAUCUUCGUCACCUCUCGCAGCUUGGACGUCGCUGAGAAGCUGACAGGUAGCCACAGGGCUGUCUGCAGGAUCUCAGCCAUGGAUGACAUUCAGUCUCUUGAGCUAUUUCGGAAUAAGGUGGAGGGCGAAUUCGACGAGGACUCUGCUGCAGCCCUUCUUCGUGCCCUUGACCACAUCCCGCUCGCGAUCACCCAGGCAGCGGCAUACAUCAAUCGUCGCGCACCUCGUAUAUCGGUGAGGACAUACCUAGACGACUUCUGCAAGAGCGAUAGGAAGAAGGGAAGCCUCCUCAAUAGCGACGCGGGAGACCUGAGACGAGACGAGACCGUCGCAAACUCUGUCAUCGCAACAUGGCAAGUGACGUUUGAACAAAUACGUCGCGAGAAACAAUCGGCGGCUGAUCUGCUUUCGUUCAUGAGCUUUUUCAAUCCACAAGGCAUCCCUGAGUUCGUACUCCACAGCUACCGAGAUGAUACGUCGGGACAUGCAAACGCCCAUGAGGAUAAAUUCGAGGAUGACUUGGAUGUUCUCCGUGGCUAUUCGCUCGUAUCCACGACGGCAAAGGGUGGCGUUUGUGAGAUGCAUUCUCUUGUGCAAUUUUGUACGCGAGUUUGGUUAUCUCAAGUAAAUAACACAGAACAGUGGAAGCGGGUAUUUCUGUUGGCCAUGGCAAAACAUUUCCCAUCUGGUGUAUAUGAGACCUGGCCAAUCUGCCAGAUGCUACUUCCUCAUGUUGAGUCUAUUUUGGACGAGGGCCCGCCCGAGGAAAACCAGCAGCAGUGGACUCAUUUGCUGACAAAAUGUGCAUGGUAUUUGCUUGUUACAGGCAACUACAUAGCAGCAGAGGACUUAAACGAAAAGGCCACAGAAAGGAGGGCAAUUAUUUUCGGAGAAGAGCAUUCCGAUACCCUGACCAGUAUGAGUAACCUGGCGUUAACAUAUACACAUCAAGGCCGAUUGAAAGAAGCGGAAGAGUUAGGGGUCAGAGUGAUGAAGACAAGAAAGGCAGUUCUACGAGAGGAGCAUCCCGAUACUCUAACCAGUAUAAGUAACCUGGCGUUAAUAUAUUGGCAUCAAGGCCGAUGGAAGGAAGCUGAAGAGUUAGGGGUGCGAGUGACGGAGCUAAGAACGGUAAUUCUAGGAGAGGAGCAUCCCGAUACUCUGAUUAGUAUAGGUAUCCUGGCAUCAACAUAUUCGAAGCAAGCCCGAUGGAAGGAGGCAAAAGAGCUAGAGAUGCAAUUGCUGGAGACAAGAAAGGCAGUUCUAGGAGAGGAGCACCCCGAUACUCUGAUCAGUAUGAAUAACCUGGUAUCAGCGUAUACGGCCCAAGGCAAAUGGAAGGAAGCGGAAGAGUUAGGGGUGCAAGCGAUGGAGAUAAGUUCGGCGGUUCUAGGAGAGAAGCACCCCAAUACGCUGACCAGUAUAGCCACCCUGGCAUCAAUAUAUUCGAAUCAAGGCCGAUGGAAGGAGGCGGAAGAGUUAGAGGUACAAGUGAUGGAGAUAAGUUUGGCGGUUCUUGGAGAGAAGCAUCCUAAUACGCUAAGCAGUAUGGUUAAUCUGGCGUGGACAUAUAGGAAGCAAGGCCAAUACCAGAAAGCAGAAGAGUUAGGGGUACAAGCAGUUAAGACAAGUUCGGCGGUUCUUGGAGAGGAGCAUCCUAAUACGCUAAGCAGUAUAGGUGAUCUGGCAUCAACAUAUUGGGAGCAAGACCGAUGUAAAGAGGCAGAAGAGUUAGGGGUACAAGCGGUUAAGACAAGUUCGGCAGUUCUAGGAGAGGAGCAUCCCCAUACACUGACCAGUAUAGCCGAUCUAGCGAUAAUAUAUUGGAAGCAAGGCCGAUGGAAGGAAGCUGAAGAGUUAGGGAUGCAAGUAAUAGAGACAAGAAAGACGGUCCUAGGAGAGGAGCAUCCCCAUACACUGACCAGUAUGAAUAACCUGGCCUUUGUAUGGAAUGACCAAGGCCGUUCCCAAGAUGCUCUAGCUUUGAUGCAGCAUUGCUUUGUUGCGCGAGACCGAGUGUUGGGUUCAGACCAUCCGGACACGGUAUCUUCCUCAAUAACUUUGGCUGGAUGGCAGGAAUGA